AGAAACAGCAACUUCAAUCUGCGGAUUGCUGCUCUGCACAAAGACAUCGUGUUUGAGGGACUUGUUAAUUAUCGUGUUGUUUGACUGUAUCUAUUAAACGCUUAGGGACAUCUAGAAGUGUGACACUGUUUAAAAUGAGGUGUUUUUAUUCUACAGAAGACGAGAAAAAUCCCCUCCCCCUGUCUAAACGCAACCGUAAAAAAUCUAUGAGAAGACACAAAGAGGUGCAAACUUCCUGCUUUGUCGAAUAGCACGGAACUGGCCAUGUGACUUCCUCCCUCCCUCGCAGUGCUCAACUCUGUGCUGGGCUGACGGUGGCUUAUCUAUUGCACAGGAUACCAGGCUGCCAGCUUUGUACUUCUGUCAAACUCUACCUGGUAUUUUUCCAACAUACAUAUGUAAAAUGUUACGUCGAAAACCUUCCAAUGCUUCGGAAAAGGAGCAGGUGCAGAAGAAGAAGCUGUCCCUGCAGAGGUCGAGCAGCUUCAAGGAUUUCAUGAAGCCCAAGCCCUCCUCUCCGGUGGUGUGUGAGAAAGAGUUCACCUUGGAUGAGAGUGCGUUUGAGGGGGACGGGCACCAGCCAGGGGUGGACGAGGGGGGGAAGAGUGGUGGCAAGCUGGGGAAGAAGUGGCGAGCAGUCAUCUCCCGAACCAUGAACCGCAAGAUGGGAAAGAUGGUCCAGAAAGCACUCGCUGAGGAAGGGACGGGGAGUGGGGAGGAGGCCUCCAUGUCUCCCAUGGCCUAUGAUGACAUGCCUGACGGACGGGCGGGUGAGAGGACCUCUCAGUGGUCCUUCGACUCCGAGGACCAAGUCCACAGCCCCCUGGGCCGGCAGCUCUCUGGCUGUGGAGACAGGCAGAGUUUGGACAGCGGCUACAGUAACAGAGAUAGCAUGAGGCUGGAGGACGCCAUCCAUCCCUACACAGGGCCCUUCUGUGGCCGAGCGCGGGUCCAUACAGACUUCACUCCCAGCCCCUAUGACUUGGACUCUCUGAAACUCAGGAAAGGAGACAUCAUCCAGAUCAUCGAGAAGCCCCCAGUGGGCACCUGGACUGGCCUGCUGAACAGCAAGUUGGGCUCCUUCAAGUUCAUCUACGUGGACAUCCUGCCCGAGGAGACGAGCCUGCCCAGGAGGAAGCGCUGCCACAGCAAGAACAGGAGGCCCAAGCCCAAGACCCUGGAGGAGGUUCUGCAGAGGAACAACCUGGAGGGACUGAACUCCAUCCUCUCCAUGCACGGCUUCAAGAGCCUGGAUGAUUUCAAACAGCUGAGUGAGUCGCACCUCAACGAGCUGAGCAUCACGGACGCAGACCAGCGCUCUAAAAUCCUCAGCGCUGUGGAGCAGCUCCUGGACUACGACACUGGGAGCGACACUGAAGGAGACGAGGAGAUUGGCUCCCAGAAUUCGGACUUGAAAACAGACUCGGGCUGCUUCGAGAGCUCCGAUAACCUGGAGAACGGGCGCGAGGAACCCGAGGCGGCGCCAAGGCCCAUCGAGGAGCAGCUGCAGGGGCUGUCCAUUGAGGAGAGCUCCUGAGAGAGGGAGCAGAUGCUGCAAGCACAGAACCACCGCACAACCUCAACGGUUUGAAGCGUAUCAAAAGACAGAGGCUGGAUUUUAUUACGUACUGUAGAUUCUGGGGACAAUGCAAAUCAGAGACAACGUUUUUUUUUAAUGGAAUAAUAAUUUGUCACCAGGUUCUCAGUGCUUAAUGUAUUCAGUUGGCAGGCUUUACUGAAUGCAGCUAUAGCUCCAAACCCCCCAGCGACGCCUGUGUGAGAUGUUAGGAGCUGCAGGCUAUACACUGCUUCCUAUAAUGAUAUUGGAGUAAGAUGAUCAAGGACCUUUUGAAAGUACUUUUAACUUCUACUCUGGCCUCUGCUGUCGAGCAAUCAAGACUAAAACAACACAGAUCGGUCGAUCUCCCAGAAAGGGAGAGAUGGCUGCAGAUUAGUUCAAAUUUCUAUCCAUGUGCCACAGAUUUACAGUUAAGAAUAUAGAUAUCCAACAGCUGCAUGCUAGGAAGCAAUUGGUCCACAGUGAACUAACUAUAACACAUCUCCAAGCAAACCAACGUGUGUGUGUUUUUUUUUUUUUUUUUUUUAGUAUAACCCAAAUGAAUGUCAGAACGGUCAUUUAAAGCAUACAGAAGGCUAAUGACCACAUGCCUGGUAACCUAACAAAGGAGUAUAGCUGUUGCUGUAUCAGACUGAUGAAAGGGGGCAAAAACUGUGAUGUGACCAGCAUGGUUUCACUGCUAUUGAAACCCAGCGAGUAUGCAGUAAUAACAGUAGCUGAAUAGCUCAACUGUUACUGCAGAGACACAGUGCUUUAGCUUAGCUGCCAUGACCGGAGUAUAAUUACAGGGAAAGCGGGACAUGCUUACAUGCAGUACUUUAUUAUCACAGCCCAGCACAGCACACAGCUAAACACAACUGUAUUAGAGCUCACAGCAAUGUGAUAUUUCAACUGGGACAGGAACUGAAACUAUUACAUCUGGCUGUCAUGGAAAUGUAACGGAAUGUAUAUAUAUAUAGAAAACAAAAAGGUAAGCUACAGAAAGUUAAGUUGAUAGAUUUUAUUAUAGAGCUUGAUCUAUGCCACUGAGUAAAAACACUUUUUUUUGUCUCUUAUUUUUUAACUUUUUUUAUGUCAACGAUAGCUAUAGACUGCUAAGAUGUUGAUGCAACACAAAAAAAUAUAAAAGUAGCAUAUUGUGUGUUGAGAGGACAUUUUAUUAAUAAUAAUAAUAAUAAUAAUAAUAAUUAUUACAUAAAAAGGUACACUGGACAAGAUUGGGGCUAUGGCUCCAAAGCAAUGUUUACACCGUUUUUCCUGAAGAGACAAAAUAUUAACAAUAAUAAUCUUAAUGUUUAUUGUUACUUUACUCGCAGUUUCCCCUCCAUUUAGAAAGGGUGUAUAAUUUCACUGAAACAAAAGUAAACCUGACACGGUGUUCUGUAGUAAGCAGGGGUCUCCCGCCCUGGUCCUGGAGAGCUACAGGGUCUUCUGGUUUUCAUUUCAACCAAGCUCUCACUUACUUAAUCAAACCAGUUCUUGGUUUAUUUAAUCAAGAUUAACAGGUGUUCCAUUGAUGACACAGACACCUCUAAAACCUGAGGAUUUGGGGCUCUCCAGGACCACGGUUGGUGACCCCUGCGUAGUUUGUGUUUUAAUUAUUUGUAUGUGUUAUUCUUGUGAUUGUAUUUUUGUUUUCUUAUUCAGAGAACCUUUUCAAUAACUUUUUUUUACAUUUUUGCUACCUUGAACUGUUUUAUUGUUAUUGUUUUAUUUGUUCAUUUCCUUUUGAAUGUAGUAUUUUUUAUUGUAAAUAAUAUAAAUAAAUAAUAAAAAAACAAUCACUCCAAA